AUGCAAUUGAAAAACUUGUUAGCUGUCUCAGCUAUCGCAGGAUUUGCUUCCGCUGCCAACAACUCCACUUUAACUACAGCCACCCCAUCGAUAAACUCGGGUUGUUCUUUCUCAGACUUCACCGCUACUGCUUCAUCACAAGUUUCUCAAGUUGCUGCUUGUGAAACUGCUGCUGGUACUGUUGUCAUCAAUGGUGAUGCUUUUGGUUCAGUCGAAUUGACUGGUUUGCAACAAUUCUACGGAGACUUGGCCAUCAGAAACGUCACCAAAGCUCAAACUAUUAACGCACCAACCUUGCAAUUGGUUUCAGGUGAUUUGGAAGUUAACGCUUGUACCGUUUUGUCUAACUUGAACUUGGCCCAAUUGACCACCGUUGGUACCUUGGAAUUGAACGCUUUGCCAGCUUUGGAAUCAACUGGGUUGUCUGCUGGUUUGACUUCUGCUGAAUCCAUCAUUGUUUCCGAUACCGGUUUGAACCACUUGACAGGUAUCAAUGUCUACCAAUUGAAGGUCUUCAACGUUAACAAUAACGGCGAUAUCGACUCAAUUGACUCUGGUUUGCAAGAAGUUACUGACACUAUUGACAUUUCCUACAAUGCCGAAAAGGUCGACGUCAACUUGGAUCAAUUGACCUCAGCAAAGAACAUUGUCUUGCAACAAGUCAACUCUUUCAAUGCCCCAAACUUGACUGUCGCUAACGGUUCAAUCUCUGUCACUUCGUCUUCUCUCGAAAAGCUUGAAUUGGCUCAAUUGAAAUCAGUUGGUAACGCUAUUGCUCUUAACAAGAAUGACGAAUUGGAAGAAUUGGACUUCCCUAAGUUGACUACUAUUGGUGGUGCUUUGCAAAUCUCAGACAACGACAACUUGAAGUCAUUGGAAGCUUUCAAGAAUGUCACUUCUAUUGGAGGUACCGUCAACAUCAACGGUUCUUUCGACAAUGGUACUUUUGACUCCUUGACCAAGGUUGCUGGUGGUUUCAUCUUGAAGAUUGACGGUGACUUGUCAUGUUCCGCUUUCAACAAAUUGAACUCAAACGGUGAUGUUAAAGGUGACAAAUUCCAAUGUCAAGAUCAACAAACUACUUCCUCAUCGUCAUCAGCCAAGAAGAACUCACAAUCUUCUGAUUCUUCAGACUCAAGUGAAACUGGAUCAGGUUCUGGAUCUUCCUCUUCAGAUUCAUCUUCAACUUCGUCAGGCUCAUCAAGCAAAUCUAACGACGCUUCAUCAUCAAGAGUUGGAUUGUUUGCCACCGUUGUUUCCGCUUUUGUUGCCAUUGGUGCUGCAUUGUUUUAG